AAACAUCGAAUAGUUCUUUGAAUUGUUCGUGGUUCUUGCAUUCUGGCCCCACCACAUAUAUAAUACCCGCAGGAGAGUGGUUUCAGUCAGUCGCUGCUGUGGAUUUGCUUGUAUCAUUACGUUACACUUUCUUACAUCAUGUCGCCUCUUUGUGUAAUAUUCGUUUUGGUUACUUUGUUAUCCAUGUGCGACUCUGGAUAUACCCAGAGAUAUGGAUAUGGAUAUGGCUAUGGUGGUUACCCUUGGUACGGGCAUAACGUUCCGGGAUAUGGUUAUAACUCCUACGGUCAAGGAUAUGGGGAUAAUCUACAUGGCUAUGACUACCGCCACUAUUAUGGCUCUGACUACCGCCAUAACUACCCUGAAGAUAGACUAUACGGACAACACUACAGGAACUACUACGGAUAUUAACCGAAUUCCGCAUCGACCCGGCUGGCUCCAGAUUACUUGUUCAAAAUUUGAAUAAAACUAAGCUCCCUCAA